AUGCGGCUGCUCCUGGCUCUUGCUGUCCUGCUUUUGGAUUCUUCAGUUCACGGUUGUCCUGUGCGGAGAGCCAGGUACCAGUGGGUUUGCUGCAGUCCUGACGGUAAUUCUGCAAACCGCAUGGAUGAGAAGGGGCCAACAUUCAACCUACUUCCCGGUGAAUCCAACAGAAUCCUUCCUCCAAGGACUGACCCUGCUUCAAUGACAAGAUCCCAGAACUUGAAUAAUGUUUUCCCUCUUUCUGAGGACUAUUUUGGAUCUGGCUCUGGCUCUGGCUUCGGAUCAGGAUCUGGAAGUGGCUUCUUAACUGAAACUGAACAGGAAUACCAAGCAGUAGAUGAAAACAAUGUUUUUUAUUACAACUUUAGGCCUCUCAAGAGAAAUCUGCCAUCAGACAACCAGGACUGGGGCCAAGAUGGUCUGUCAGAGAGAGAGAGAUUCAAGAAGCAAGUUGACAGGGAAUACUUCAUAUCUAAGUCUUCAGAACUGACUCUGAUUGUGAAUUACAGAUAUGCCUCUUUUCUUAUGAAAAACCCGGAUGAAACAGAGUGA